UGUUACGCUGAAGCAGGAAGAAAAAAGUAAACAGAAGCUCAGACUUACUUUUGUGUCAGAGGAACAAUGUCCUAAAACAAGUUUUUAUCAGAAUUGAAGGUAUCUGUUGGAGCCUCGUCUCCAGAGUGGGGAUUACUGGCCCGAUUGUUGUCUUCACCUUCCAGGCUCAUAGCUGUACGCUAAGAGUAAGCAAGACUUUGAAUUGCUGAUCCACACCACCAGGAUCUCCUGCAGGGACAUCGGAAGGUCAUUCGGGCUGGAGAAAUGUGGCCGGAUGAUGACAAAGAGAGGGAAGGACAGUUCAGAGAGCCAGUGGGAACCGAUUGUUACGUAUUUUCUUCAGAAAUAAAGGACAUUACUUCAUGACUAAAGGAGAAGGAUUCUUCUCCUUCCCCCAAAAGCGAGGCUUCAGGCUGGGAAACACAGAGGAACAGUUGGAGGAACAUGGAGGGGUACAGACCAGCAUCUCCAACACCCAGCUGUGUUUCUCUGCAGAGUGACCUGUCCAAAGAUAUUCCUAUAAACUUCCGUAAUUAUCCUGGACCCCCAGAUCAACGCGAGGCUUCAGGCUGGGAAACACAGAGGAACAUUUGGAGGAACAUGGAGGGGUACAGACCAGCGUCUCCAGCACCCAGCUGUGUUUCUCUGCAGAGUGACCUGUCCAAAGAUAUUCCUAUAAACUUCCGUAAUUAUCCUGGACCCCCAGAUCAACGCGAGGCUUCAGGCUGGGACACACAGAGGAACAGUUGGAGGAACAUGGAGGGGUACAGACCAGCGUCUCCAGCACCCAGCUGUGUUUCUCUGCAGAGUGACCUGUCCAAAGAUAUUCCUAUAAACUUCCGUAAUUAUCCUGGACCCCCAGAUCAACGUGGGGCUUCAGGCUGGGAAACACAGAGGAACAUUUGGAGGAACAUGGAGGAGAACAGACCAGCGUCUCCAGCACCCAGCUGUGUUUCUCUGCAGAGUGACAGGUCCAAGGAUUUUCCUAUAUACUUCCGUAAUGAUCCUGGACCCCCAGAUCAACGCGAGGCUUCAGGCUGGGAAACACAGAGGAACAUUUGGAGGAAGAUGGAGGAGAACAGAGCAGCGUCUCCAGCACCCAGCUGUGUUUCUCUGCAGAGUGAUGAGUCCAAAGAUCUUCCUAUACACUUCCGUAAUGAUCCUGGACCCACAGAUCAACGUGAGGCUUCAGGCUGGGAAACACAGAGGAACAUUUGGAGGAACAUGGAGGAGAACAGAGCAGCGUCUCCAGCACCCAGCUGUGUUUCUCUGAAGAGUGAUGAGUCCAAAGAUUUUCCUAUACACUUCCGUAAUGAUCCUGGACCCCCAGAUCAACGCGAGGCUUCAGGCUGGGACACACAUAGGAACAUUUGGAGGAACAUGGAGGAGAACAGACCAGCGUCUCCAGCACCCAGCUGUGUUUCUCUGCAGAGUGACAGGUCCAAAGAUCUUCCUUUAUACUUCCGUAAUAAUCCUGGACCCCCAGCCCAAAGCGAGGCUUCAGGCUGGGACACACAUAGGAACAUUUGGAGGAACAUGGAGGAGAACAGACCAGCGUCUCCAGCACCCAGCUGUGUUUCUCUGCAGAGUGACAGGUCCAAAGAUCUUCCUUUAUACUUCCGUAAUAAUCCUGGACCCCCAGCCCAAAGCGAGGCUUCAGGCUGGGACACACAUAGGAACAUUUGGAGGAACAUGGAGGAGAACAGACCAGCGUCUCCAGCACCCAGCUGUGUUUCUCUGCAGAGUGACAGGUCCAAAGAUCUCCCUUUAUUCUUCCGUAAUAAUCCUGGACCCCCAGCCCAAAGUGAGGCUUCAGGCUGGGAAACACAGAGGAACAUUUGGAGGAACAUGGAGGAGAACAGACCAGCGCCUCCAGCACCCAGCUGUGUUUCUCUGAAGAGUGACCUGUCCAAAGAUAUUCCUAUAUUCUUCCGUAAUGAUCCUGGACCCCCAGAUCAAAGUGAGGCUUCAGGCUGGGAAACACAGAGGAACAUUUGGAGGAACAUGGAGGAGAACAGACCAGCGCCUCCAGCACCCAGCUGUGUUUCUCUGAAGAGUGACCUGUCCAAAGAUAUUCCUAUAUUCUUCCGUAAUGAUCCUGGACCCCCAGAUCAAAGAUGGAGGAAGAGGAGCAGCGUUGGUGUGGAGGAGCAGAGGUCCUGCUGUGCUUUGUGUCAGAAGGUCCUGAUGGAUCUGGUCUCUACCAGCUGUGGACACUGGUUCUGCAGACAGUGCAUCACGUCAUACUGGGUCCAGUCUGCUCCAUCAGGACCCUCCUCCUGCCCCCAGUGUGGGAAAAGACCCAGAAGAGGAACUGGACUGCUGGCAGCCAAUCAGAGCAGCUGUGCUCCAGAUGUUGGUCUGCAGGAGGUUCUAGAGGAACAUAAGAUCAGUCUGAGGAGGAGAUGUGAACGUGUGACUGAAGGAAGUGAUGAACCAGGAAGUAGAACCCUCCUCAACAGGAUCUACACUGAUCUCUACAUCACAGAGGGACAGAGUGAAGAGGUUAAUACCCAACAUGAGGUGAAGCAGCUGGAGAGAGCUUCCAGGAUCCAGAACCUCCAUGACUCUCCAAUCAGGUGCCACGACAUCUUUAAAGCCUUACCUGACCAACAUGGAGCCAUCAGAGUGGUUCUGACCAACGGCGUCGCUGGUGUUGGAAAAACCUUCUCAGUGCAGAAGUUCACUCUGGACUGGGCCGAGGGCUUGGAGAACCAAGAUGUCCGUGUGGUGGUUCUGCUGUCGUUCAGGGAGCUGAACCUGAUCAGAGGUGAGCAGCACAGUCUUCUCACGCUGCUCCAUGUUUUCCAUCCAACCCUCCAGAAGCUCCCAGCAGAGCAGCUGGCUGCCCACAAACUUCUCUUCAUCUUUGACGGCCUGGAUGAAAGCAGACUUUCUCUGGACUUCAACCACAGUCGGCUUGUUUCUGACGUCACACAGAAGUCAUCAGUCGACGUUCUGCUGACAAACCUCAUCAAGGGGAACCUGCUUCCCUCGGCUCUGGUCUGGAUCACCUCCAGACCUGCAGCGGCCAAUCAGAUCCCUCCUUCAUGUGUUGCCAGGGUAACAGAGGUACGAGGCUUCACCGACGCCCAGAAGGAGGAGUACUUCAGGAGGAGGUUCAGUGAUGAAGAGCUGUCCAGCAGAAUCAUCUCCCACAUCAAGACCUCCAGGAGCCUCCACAUCAUGUGUGGAAUCCCAGUCUUCUGCUGGAUCACUGCUACGGUUCUGGAGAACAUGUUGACCACAGAGCAGAGAGGAGAGCUGCCCAAGACCAUGACUGACAUGUACUCUCACUUCCUGCUGGUCCAGACCAGGAGGAGGAAGAACAAGUACCAUGAAGGACAUGGGAGGAGUCCACAGGAGCUGAUGGAGGCUGACAGGGAAGUUUUCCUGAAGCUGGGGAGGCUGGCUUUUGAACAUCUGGAGAAAGGAAACAUCAUGUUCUACCAAGAGGACCUGGAGCAGUGUGGUCUGGAUGUCACAGAGGCCUCGGUGUACUCAGGAGUUUGUACAGAGAUCUUCAAGAAAGAGAGUGUGAUGUUCCAGAAAGCAGUCUACUGCUUUGUUCAUCUGAGCAUUCAGGAGUUUCUGGCUGCAGUCUACAUGUUCCACUGCUUCACCAGCAGGAACACAAAGGUGAUGAAGAAGUUCCUGGGAAAGAAAUACAGUGAAACAUCUAUAGAGGACUUCCUGAAGAGAAUCAUGGAGAAAUCCCUCCAAAGUAAAAAUGGCCACCUGGACCUGUUUGCUCGCUUCCUUCAUGGCCUCUCUGUGGAGUCCAACCAGAGACUCUUAGGACGCCUGCUGGGUCAGACAGAGAACAGUCCAGGAACCAUCCAGGAAGUCAUUAACAAUCUGAAGAAUAAAAGAACAAAGGCAUCCCCAGACAGAAGCAUCAACAACUUCCACUGUCUGAUGGAGAUGAAGGACCUCUCAGUUUAUCAGGAGAUCCAACAGUUCCUGAAAUCAGAGAACAGAUCAGAGGAGCUCUCUAUGAUCCAGUGUUCAGCUCUGGCCUACAUGCUGCAGAUGUCAGAGGAGGUUCUGGAUGAGUUGGACCUGGAGAAGUACAACACAUCAGCAUCAGGACGACUGAGACUGAUUCCACUCGUGAAGAACUGCAGAAAGGCUCGACUUAAUGGCUGCAAACUCUCAGCGACUGAAGUUGAAGUUGUAGCCUCAAUUCUGAAGUCUAACCCCUCUCAUCUGACUGAAGUGGAGAUAAGAGAGAUCUAUGGAGUGUACAACUCUGGAAUUAAGCAUCUGUGUGAGAUACUGAAGAGUUCAGUCUGCAGAGUUAACAUCCUGAGAUUGAAGAGCUGCAGGUUGUCAGAGAUCAGCUGUUCUUCUGUGGUAUUGGCUCUGAAGUCCAACCCCUCCCAUCUGACAGAACUGGACCUGAGUGAAAACAACCUGAAAGAUGCUGGAGUGAAGGAGCUC